AUGGCCGUUGUUCGCUUCCUUAUCUUCAUCCUUCUCAUCCUCAUCUGUCUCCCUUCCCAAUGCGUUUCCGUUCCUGAAUCUGAAGCACUCCUCAAGCUCAAACAAUCAUUCACAAACUCACAGUCUCUUUCUUCAUGGGUCCCUAAUCAAAACCCGUGCUCUUCAAGAUGGGUUGGUGUGAUUUGUUUCGACAACAUCAUAUCGAGUCUUCAUCUCUCUAAUUUAGGACUCGCGGGUAAAAUUGACAUUGAUUCUCUAUUACAGAUUCCAUCCAUAAGAACCAUAAGUUUCGCUAACAACUCUUUCUCUGGUCCCAUUCCCGAGUUCAAUAAACUUGGUGCUCUUAAAGCUCUUUACUUAGCACAAAACCAAUUCUCAGGACCUAUUCCUCCACAAUAUUUUUCACAUUUAGCUUCUCUGAAAAAAGCAUGGCUCAACAACAACAACUUCUCAGGAAAUAUACCAGAAUCGUUAACAAAUCUCCGUUUCCUCGGCGAGUUACAUCUCGAAAAUAACGAGUUCUCCGGUCCUAUUAUAGAAUUAAAGCAAGAUAUUAAAUCAUUUGACGUAUCUAACAAUAAGUUACAAGGUUCAAUACCAGCUACAAUGUCUAGGUUCGACGCAAAAUCUUUUGCAGGAAAUGAAGAGCUUUGUGGGAAGCCUCUUGAUAAAGAAUGUGAUCCUUCUUUGAUUUCAAUGCCAACAACACCUGAAAGUGAACAAGGUUCUGGAUGGGCUUUAAAGUUUGUUGCAAUUCUAAUUGUUGCAACACUUGUGGCGGUUAUUUUCACAUUAAUUAAAUCAAAACGCAGAGCUGACGAUGAUUUUAGUGUUAUGAGUAGAGAAAAUAAUGAUGAUGUGGUUCAGGUUCAUGUUCCUAGCUCCAACUAUAGUAGAGCAUCAGAAGUCAGUAAAAAAGAAUCUAAGAGAGGUUCUUCAAAGAGCGGUGGAAUGGGUGAUCUUAUUAUGGUGAAUGAUGAAAAAGGUGUGUUUGGUUUACCUGAUUUGAUGAAAGCUGCUGCUGAGGUUUUGGGAAAUGGUGGCUUGGGUUCUGCUUAUAAAGCUGCAAUGACUAAUGGGUUAUCCGUAGUUGUCAAGAGGAUGAGAGAGAUGAAUAAAGUGAGUAGAGAUAUAUUUGAUGCUGAGAUGAGACGGUUUGGGAGACUCAGAAACCGUAAUAUUUUGGCUCCUUUGGCUUACCAUUACCGCAGAGAGGAGAAGUUAUUUGUUACUGAAUACAUGCCCAAAGGAAGCUUGUUAUAUGUCUUGCAUGGUGAUAGAGGAUCAAGCCAUGCUGAAUUAAAUUGGCCAACUCGAUUGAAGAUUGUGAAGGGAAUCGCCCGUGGUUUAACCUUUCUCUACACCGAAUUCGCAUCCGGAGAUCUUCCGCAUGGAAACCUUAAAUCAAGCAAUAUACUUCUAACUGAUAAUUAUGAGCCACUUUUAAGUGACUUUGCAUUUCAUCCAUUAAUCAACCCAAACUAUGCAGCACAAACAAUGUUUGCAUACAAAACUCCUGAUUAUGUUGUCUACCAACAUGUUUCACAGAAAACCGACGUUUACUGUCUCGGAAUUAUCAUUCUUGAAAUCAUUACUGGCAAGUUCCCUUCUCAAUAUCACAGUAAUGGUAAAGGUGGCACUGAUGUAGUUCAAUGGGUUUUCACAGCAAUUUCUGAGAGAAGAGAAGCAGAAUUGAUUGAUCCAGAGUUAGCAGGAAAUAAUGCAGAUUCAAUUAAUCAAAUGCUACAACUUAUUCAAAUCGGGGCUGCUUGCACAGAAAGUAAUCCUGAACAACGACUUAACAUGAAGGAAGCUAUUAGGAGGAUAGAGGAAUUACAAGUUUAA